UGAAUGGCAGAACGGUGACCGGUUCCUCCUCUCUCUCUCUCUCUCUCUCUCUCUCUCUCUCUCUCUCAUUUUGUGGAUGGAUGGAUGGAUGUAUGAUGGUUGGACUUGGAUGCACAUAUGCUGGCACAUAUACAAGCCCCUAUAUACAUGCAUGGAUUUUCCUGAUGGUUGUGUUAUUCCCCCUCCUUGUUCCCACAAAAUUCUCUCCUCAAAUAUCUUCAAAACCAACAAUUAUAAUAAUGGUCAUAACGACAAUCCACUCCACCUGUAUGGGCCAUGGCUUCAAUCAAAGGCCACCUCCUUCUCAUAUCCUUUUUGCAACUUCCUUUCUCUUCCCUUCAUUCCUCUCCUUUUGAUAUCAUUUACCUUAUAUGGAACAACACCACCGCCAACAACAAUGGGGAAUGGAUGAACCAAUUUUUACCUUGAAUACGCAGAUAGGAACGUUUAACGUAUGAAACUCUUAACUUUAUCAAUCAGACAGGCGAAGGGAAAAUACAAUUGCAGUUGGGACCUAAAUUUUGGCAGACAACUGCUCAUCUGUAUGACAAGUUUAAAACCAAUGGGGUCCCUUCGUGAAUCUAAUCAGGGUAUGUGUCAUUUCAUGUUGUAGAAAACAGAGAGCCAAAACGCAUAUGAGGCCUACCAGCUAAUUGAUGGGGGUGGUUUUGUGCUGUUUUCUAAAGGGCUAAUGAUCAUCUAGGUCCUGCUCGUUCAAGGGAAUUGAGCUGUGUGGAUGUUGAAAAUUUUGAUAAGCUACAUGUCAUCAGAAGGACCAUGUGAACCAAGGAAAAUGGAUCAGGUUGUCAAGAGUACCACCAGUUCAUCCUCGAACCCACAAGAUGAUCCUAACCAAAGAGAGCAAAUACCUAAAACAAGGGUCAAUAUAAGCCAUAAUUUUCCAUCUGGUCUUGGACAUGUGGAUGAUCCACUUUCCAAAACUUCGCCAAAUUCAGAUGGCGAUCCAUGUCCAUUGGCAAGUCCAAAGAUACCUGAUGCAGAUAGCAAUCCAGAUUCCAAAGCGGACCUAUUUACAAAGACAGGAAAUUCUGUGACUAAUCCAUGCCCUUUACCAAGUCCAAGGAUGGCAACAAAUACCGAACUCCUUAUAUCGACCUCAACAGGGGCAGCCGCAACAACAACACAACCGUUAAAUGCAAAGGCAGGUGAUGCUAAGGGUAGCCAACAGUUUACCAAUUUUGGCCGGGGAGGCGGCAAUGGCACCCGUAGUGACAGCUUAGAGAGCUCCAGUGCACCCCUUAAGCCCCACACUGGGGGAGAUGGUCGAUGGGAUGCCAUUAGCUUGGCUUCUUCCAAAGAUUCCCCUCUUGGUCUUAGCCACUUUAGACUACUGAAGCGGAUCGGAUAUGGAGACAUAGGAAGUGUCUAUCUUGUUGAGCUCAGGGGAACCAAUACCUACUUUGCUAUGAAAGUCAUGGACAAGGGGUCUCUUGCAAGUAGAAACAAGCUUCUUCGUGCUCAGACAGAGAGGGAGAUUCUUGGUCUUCUUGACCACCCAUUUCUGCCUACUUUGUAUACCUAUUUUGAGACAGAUAAAUUUUAUUGCUUGGUCAUGGAGUUCUGCAGUGGAGGUAAUCUUCACACUCUUAGACAAAAGCAACCAAACAAGUACUUCACAGAGGAAGCUUCUAGGUUUUUUGCAUCAGAGGUGUUGUUGGCACUAGAGUAUCUGCACAUGCUGGGCAUUGUAUACAGGGAUCUGAAGCCAGAAAAUGUGCUAGUAAGAGAUGAGGGUCAUAUCAUGCUCUCUGACUUUGAUCUAUCACUUCGUUGCUCUGUCAGUCCAACUCUUGUCAAGUCUUCUUCAGUACAUGUUGGCGGCAGUGGCAGUGCUGGUGGCAUUUUGGAUGACAAGUAUGCAGUACAAAGUUGUAUCCAACCAUCACAUUUUCUUCCUCGCAUUCUGCCUACGAAGAAGAAUCGCAAAUCCAAGUCAGAUUUUGGCCUCUUUGUUGGAGGUUCUCUCCCAGAACUAAUGGCAGAGCCCACUAACGUGCGGUCAAUGUCAUUCGUCGGGACCCACGAAUAUCUAGCUCCAGAGAUUAUACGAGGAGAGGGCCAUGGUAGUGCAGUGGACUGGUGGACGUUUGGCGUCUUCUUGUAUGAGCUAUUGCACGGGACAACCCCUUUCAAGGGCGCUGGAAAUCGGGCUACGCUUUUCAAUGUUGUAGGCCAGCCAUUACGGUUUCCAGAAACUCCGCAAGUGAGUUCUAUGGCACGUGAUCUUAUACGUGGGCUCUUGGUUAAGGAACCGCAUAAGCGAAUCGCAUAUAAAAGGGGUGCAACAGAAAUAAAGCAACACCCAUUCUUUGAGGGUGUGAACUGGGCUUUGGUGAGGAGUGCCAUCCCUCCCCACAUACCCGAGCCUGUAGACUUUGGGCAGUUUGCUAGUAAAGAGACAACAGCCCAAUCAGACAAGAAAAUGGCAGAAAUGGGGGCUGAUCAUAGAAACAAGAAUAGUUCCCAUGAUUCUUCGUAUGUUGAGUUUGAGUACUUUUAGGAAUUAUUUGGAUGAAUAAUAAGGCGAUUGAAGGAAUGUUGUACUACAAGUUACUACUGGUUUGCUAGCGAGUAGCAAGAAGACAUAUCUUGUUGUUGCAAAUAUUCCUGUUGAGCUUGUUGCUUUCAAUGCUUCUAAAAGUUGGAGAUCUCCAACGGAUGCCUUUAUGAAUCAUUAGUACUAUUUUGUAUUUUGUAUUAUGAAUCACUGUUUUUCUGUCUGGUGCCAUCAUUCCAUAACCAUUCGUUGUGUACUGCUCUGCUGAGGUAGCUAAGC